AUGGCAGCAGUUUUGGAUCCCUUCAAGCCAUUAUCUGCAGAGCUGCGUGUCAUCAGACGGCUGAACUCCAGUCUGUACGGGGCCAGUGGUGGAGAGGAACCUGGACGAUGGCACCCCGCUGCUGGACAUGUCAACCUGGCUCCUUUACGAGACGACGUCCCCCUGCUGGAUCCUACCUGCGGUCAGCUGAGCGCCGGAGCGGAGGUGGACCUUGGGGUCAAAGGUCGACAGAAUUUCAUAGAUUUCCAGCAUGUGGCCUCUGCUCUGUGGAAACCUCCAGGUUUCAGAGAGAGACCACAAACAGCACUAAACCCCUCUGGUGUCUGUGUAGACCUGAGCGAAGACAAGGCCUGGAACUCCAGGAGGAUCCCCGAUGCCGUCUUGAGAGCAAGACUCAGUGGUUCAACCGAUCCUGUUAAAGUUCAACCACACUCUCUGAGGACGUCAACUGAGGCAACAUCGCACAGCAGAUUCACUGAGAAACACACUGGACCUCAGGAUGGCUUCUCUUCUGAUCCGAGGCUGUGGACAGACAACUCAGCAGCAGUUCAGCGCUUCAGAUACACUUCUGCAACACAGAGGAGUUAUGAGGAAGUCGGUUGGGAUGUGAAGUUACCGCGGCGCUUGAGGGCACCAGAAACAACCAUGGAGGAAACGGCGGACCCAGUGAGCGAGCGUCCCUCAUCGAGACGCUACAGUAGUCGACCUCAGCUGUGGCAGUCUGUUGGAGCUGAGUGGAGCAGGCAGCAGCUUCGAUCCAGGAACGAUGCCAAGAAACCCAUAUCAUUCUGCAGUGGAUGUCCGAGGUCCGGUCAGAUCCCUCUCUACACUGGUAUGAUCGGCUCUGAGAACACGCAUAACAUCGACAACAUGGAUGAAGACUUUAACCCGCUGACCCUGAAGAGGAGCGUCGUGCCACCGUACGUGCCUACAGCGCACCGGACCACCAUCCCUGGAUAUACCGGCAAGGCUUCUUACUCUGCUGCUGAUGCUGCAGUCUCUGUCCCAGCGGUCUCCAGUCCUGGGACAAUAACAGAAUGGAGGAGUCCUACUUUCGGCCGUACGGCCCCCCUGUCUCGAAUGGUGACCACCUCGACCCCCCGCAACCCCUUCCUGAGAGUUCCUGUCACAUGCAAACACGCGAGGAGGCUUUAGACAAAGCAGAUGAGAAAGUUUUGAAGGUGUCAGCUUCCUUUUUAUGCCAUCCAAUCUGUUUGUGUGAAUACGUCUAUAAUGAUGUGAUGUCAGUGACUGAUUCGGAGGGAGUUGGAGAAUAAUGAGAUGCCCCAUUAUCAUAAUUUCCCUGAUUUAGAUGAGUGGUUUUCUAACUCUGGGUAGUGAGCUCUUGCAUUGUCCUCUUAAACAUUCGCUCUCUCACCGAAUCACUCACUCGCUCACUGUGUGUGUGUGUGUGUGUUUCAGCCCACACACUCUAUGUUUCUGUCAUGAAGGGCAAAGAGAGGGACCAAACAGAGAUUAUAUUUAAGGAAGUAUGAGGAUUUUCUGCACAAAUGUUACGUGGAAUACUGCAUAGAUCAUAGCGGAUAUCCUUUCUAUCAACACAUUUAACAGUAUAAAAAACAAUGAAAGGUAUAGGAGACCCAUUAUGAGUCAUAUUUUGGGUUUAACCCGAGCUCAUUUGCUCAGGAAGUACAUAUUAAAUGCAGUUUACGCUGCACGCAUCAUUUAGAGGUGUCAUUUUUCUGUAGAUGUGACUGUAAUGCAAAUCGACAUUAUUAUGAGGCGUCUGCCAGCUAUAGCUUUACGUCUGUGGUUUGUGCAGCUUCACGCUUACACAGGAAAUAGGGAUGAGCUGGUUUUCCUGUCUCUCUUCAUCUAUAUUUUGUUUAGAUUUACAUUUCACGAGGAUUACUACUUGAACAAGCUGCUGACUUUGUGAGUUUUAAGGUUUUAUGAUCACUGAUGCAUCACAGUUCUAAUCCACAUCUCAGUUACAUUAUCUUAAAUGUAUUGUCAUUAAAGGGGCACUUCAGUGAUUUAGUGUUGCACUUCCAUACAGUCGGGGGACUCACAAGUGAUUCAUUUGCACGUCAAUAUAUUUUUUUCAAACUUGUUUUUGAGUCAUGAGUACUCUCACACAGAAAGCAAAUAUUUCGCAGCGAAAAAGCGGCAUUUUUUUUUUUCCUUAACGUCGAUUUUCAGAGCUUUCGCACCGUGAAUAAAGGCAUCAACCAAUCACGUCGUGCGGAACCGGUUGAGUUACGCCUAGAUUUAUGAAACAACAACACAGAGGCUCCGUAGUCCGAACUAGGACGGCAAACUUUUUUACUCCUUUCAACCCUGACAAAGGCAGCGCAGGCCAGAUCCACUCCUUCCAUUCUUACCUUUAAAAGCCCUAGACAUAUAAUAGCGAGUAUUUCACAUUUUCUUGUCGUGUAUUCUUCACACCCCCGUUGUUUAAAGGCCUUUAGUCUUGAGUACGGGCCAAACUCCAAAAGUGUUGGAUCCUACAUUUCCCAUAAUGCAGCUCAAUAGCAUCU